UCAGCUGUCAAAGCAUCCUUUUUUUUGGGAAUGAUCCCUCAUUCGCUUGACAGAUAGCCAUGUCUCUGGAUGGAGCAUGUCUUCCCCCACUGUCUUAACUCUCUCGUCAUACCGACCCCUAUUCCCCAACUGGGAAUACCGCUGUUAUGGCUCAAAAUUGGCAUCCGGCCGUUCAGGUCGUCAUCAAUGGCCAUCCACAAGCGCAACCUGUUGGCCCGGGUGGGCAAGCCCGGGGCUGGAAUAGGCCCCUGUUCGUGGAAGAAGCUCUACAGUGCUCCCCUAUGUAUACUGCACCGGUAUUUGGAAUAGAUUGCAUCCUACGCCCUGAUGUCGGACGACCCCCCAGUACCACUUCUAUCAAUCACAUCGUUCAGUCUGGUCGCACCACACUGAGCGAUCUGAACAAUGAAAUCCAGUCGGGACGCGCCGAGUCGAAUCGCUUGGAGACUUCUCGCGAGUACUUGCAGCAAUUGCUGGAUGGCGACCAGCUGACGGAAUACAAGUUCAAACUGCCACCAGGGAUUGGGAGUAUGCAGCCGCCAUCGUCCACCGAGGUUCACGACCAUGUUCCCAGUAGUAAUAAGCUUGGUCCCUUUGCUCAAAUGAUGUUGAAUGCCACGGACAUUGCAUUCAGAUAUCCGACAUCAGAUGAAAUGGAUAUUUCGCAGAAGCCUACGUCGGGGAAUGAACAGAUACCUCUCACAAACAAACCAACUCCCGCUCCUCAGGAUCGGCCGUCCGCUCAGCCAGGCCAGCUCUCGGUAGUCAUUCCCGUGAAACCACUCCCGCCUCAUACCGACGAUCAUGGUGCCUCGAAGAGGCGGAAACUCAAUGCAGACGGGCUUGACAAUCUUGCAUCAAUCCGAUUGAAAGAUCAGAAAGAAGAGGCGGAUGCCGCUCUUGUGAAGUUACAGGAUCUUUUUCAGGAGAUAUUUGAAGCGGAGGAUCAGCUUGAUCCGGGCACAAUGUCAGAAGGAACUACUGAGCAAUCCAAUGCGAUUUUCAUCGCAGCUCACGCGCUGGACGUGAACGGACUAGUUCUGUCAUCAGAUGCUCAUACGCGGUUGCAAAAGGCCAUUAAAAAGGUCAUUAGCUUCAAUCGGCUUCAGGACAUUCCCUCAGAGUAUAUGAACAGGGCCCAAAAGCUCUGUGAAAAGCCCAUCAUUGCUGCGCAGUCGCCUCAUCUAAGACUAGACGAUCCAUCAAGUGAAUCGGACACUCAAGAUUGGCUUAGAAAACUGGAUGAUAUGCACAAUGCCUUGUAUGCGGUGGGCACGUUGCUGCAAACUAUGUCUGGUUCUCAAACGGAGCGAGAUCUAUGCCCAGAAGACUUGAUCGAAGCCAUUCCCAAUGUCUUCAACCAGGUUUUCGAUCACUGCGUUAUUCCUGCUGUUCAAGCACGUCCUGGAGGCAAAGAUGCGAAGUAUUUUGAAUUCUUUUCGGCACAGAAACGAGUGCUAGGUGCGCUCAUCCAACAGAGCAAGAAGGUACUUGCCCUCUUCGCCGAUUUCCUCGCACGCAUUGAAGUGUCCGAGGGAACAGUCAAUGCGGCCGAAUACUUUGCAGCUAAACUCAUUUUCGUGGAGAAUGCUCACACUGAAAAAGACUCCACUGUCGGCUAUCAGAAGUAUGAGUCGGUCCGGCGGGGCGCUAUGGAUGUUCUGGCAAAGAUAUUCUCGAAGUAUCCUGCCCAACGGCCGUAUAUUCUAGAUGAGAUCUUGGUUUCUUUGGAGAAACUUCCUUCCACGCGGCAGAGUGCCAGGCAGUUCAAGCUUGCCGAUGGCAAAAACAUUCAGCUUCUUACUGCAUUGGUGAUGCAGCUUGUGCAGACGACCGCCUUGGAUGUUCCCAGCUCUAAAUCAUCCAAAAUGAAACGUAAGUUGCCAGGGGCAACUGAUGAGGACGACGAAGAAGAUGAGGAGCUUGUGGGAGACGGUCAAGAAGACGAUCACCAGGAUUCGGAAGUGUCGUUGGAGCGCCUUGCGACAAAAGUCAAUCGCCUAUAUGAUAAUGCCGUACGAAGUGCCCAAUAUAUUGUCAAGUUCAUCGUACAACGGGCGAUGACUUCGACCAAGACUGGAGACCAACCGUAUCGGAACAUCUUCGACCUUUUCACCGAAGACUUGAUUAGCGUUCUUGGUUCAACAGAUUGGCCGGCUGCGGAAUUACUUCUCCGAAUCAUGGCGUCUCACAUGGUUGGUAUUGCUGAUCUUGAUAAGAGCUCUGCGACCGCGAAGAGCAUGGCUCUUGAGCUUCUAGGCUGGAUGGGCUCCGCCAUCUCUGACCUGAUCGCAACCGCUCAGCAUCUGCUUCCAGCCAUGGAAGAAUCAGACAGUGAUCUCACCGAUGAUUUGAGGCAAAUGUUUGAGGACUACUCAAAUCGCGCUCUACACCCGCAGGACCUCGUUGUAGCGGAGGGUCCGUACCGGAUGACUCUUGAGUAUCUUAUACAAGACCGCAGCGCAGAUAAUUGGCAGCUCACAAGUGCUCGCGGGUACUUCCUCGCACAAUGGGCCAAAACGUUUUGUUCCGUCUACUACAACGCCGAAGGCCAAGAUGACCCCGCGGAUGAUGAUUCCAACGAUGAUUUGGUAGAACUCUUUAUGAAAUCUAUGUCUGAUCCGCUGUGGCUUGAAACUAAUCGACACUUUGACAACAUCCCUACGGCACAUGGCCGGUUGGCUUACAUCAUGACAGUCCUGAAUUCGGGUUUCUGCAAAGCUUUCGAUACCAUUUUAAAAGUUCUGCUCAACUCAAUCGCCAGCGACCAGGCCAAAGUUCGAAGCCGGAGUCUGAAAAGUGUUAUCUACAUGCUUGAGAAGGACCCCAGCCUUCUCGACCGAGACGCUUCUGUCAUGCGUGUGAUUUUGCGUUGCGCAACGGAUGCUUCUCCGAUGGUGCGCGACUCUGCGCUGUCUUUGAUCGCCAAAUGCAUGGUCCUGAAGCCGAAGCUCGAGGAGGAAGGCUGCCGAAGCAUUUUGGCCUGCGCCGCCGAUCCGACUGCAGGUGUGCGGAAGCGGUGCAUUGCAUUACUGAAGGACAUUUAUCUCAAAACAUCGCGCAUCGAGCUAAAGCUUGCUAUUGUGGACAGCUUCUUGCAGCGAACGAGUGACUUCGAAGAAAGCGUGGCCACACUGGCUCGCCAAACUUUCGAGGAAAUAUGGCUCACACCCUUCCACGACCUCAUAGACUCUGCUCAAGAUGGUUCGAAGCUUAAGGUGGGCCUUGGUGAGCGCGUGACUCUGAUCGUUGACCUCGUUCAACGUAGCGACACAGCGCUUGAAACUCUAGGCAACUGUCUUAGAAAGAUCAUGUCCGAUACUUCAAAGUCCGCACCUCUCAAUUUCAAGGUGUGUAAGGCAAUGGUCUCAACCAUGUUUGAGAAACUAGUUGAAGACAAUGAGUCCGGCAAAGACUUUCAGCAAGCAUUGUUGCAGACUAUCACCGUAUUCGCGAAAGCUAACGCAAAGCUGUUCCGUCCCGAUCAGUUGGAGACGCUGCAUCCUUAUAUUGGACAUUUGGCCACGGCGGAGGAUCUCUUCCUUUUUCGGUCUGUGGUUGUCAUUUAUCGUUGUGUCCUACCGUACUUGUCGUCGGCCCAUAAUACUCUGCUGAAAGAGGUGCAGAACGACCUUUUCAAGAGUGUUGCCAAGCUCGCUCGCUCCGAACUCAACGAAGUCAUGGCUUGUCUGUGGACCAUCAACGGUGUUCUCAAUAAUACCGACAGGCUCGUGAAGCUCACAAUCUCGGUGCUGAAACCCAUUCAACACUACAAGAACAUCGAUCUCUCGGAUAGCACCAACAGUGCCGUGUUGGCUAGAGCCAAGAGCUAUAUUCGCAUCGCUGGAUGUGUUGGAAGGCACUGUGAUCUCGAAAAAUACGAGCCUCAUUUUAGAGCAGCCUUUCCAUCUUGGAACGGCGGAUCAGUAGCGGGCUUGAUGGUGGAUUCUAUGAUACCUUUCACCAAUUCGAAGCAACCGCUUGAACUAAGGGUUAUGUCGCUGGAGAGCUUGGGGUCUAUCUGUCAGUCUUGGCCAGCCCAGUUUGGCCGCGAAGGCCCCAGACAGGUCUUGUCCGGUGUGUUCAAGGAAGAUAACCCGAGUCUGCAGAACAUUGUUCUCAGAUCGUUUGCCGACUUCUUUGCAAUGCAUGAAGGCAAGGCAGAAAAGUCAGUGGUGGCUGCUGCCGAGAUUGCAGAACAAGAGAAAGCAACCAGACUAGGAGGAUCUCUGAAGGCCAGCGACAACGAUGGCGCUGCGGCGUUGAUUGCCCAACACUUCCUGCACAGCAUGCUUAAGGUUGCGCAAUCACGGCAAGACUCCUAUGCCUUGACUGCAAUUGAGUUGAUAGCUAGCAUUAACCGUCAAGGCCUAGUGCACCCUAAAGAAUGUGCUGGCGUUCUUGUCUCUUUGGAGACGUCUACGGUACCAGCAAUCGCCAAGGUGGCAACCGAGACUCAUAGGAUGCUUCACCAGCAGUACGAAUCUAUGUUCGAAAGAGAAUACAUGCGUGCUGUCCAGGAAGCCUUUUACUACCAGCGCGAUGUCGUGGGCGAUCCCAGCGGCGCAUUGAGCCGCCCGUACAUUGCGAAACUGGCGCCACUGUUCGAAAUCAUCAAGAUCAGCAACAGUCGCUAUCAGAGGAAGUUUCUGUCGAAUCUUUGCUCCAAGGUCGAUUUCGAAUUGAAAAAGCUCAACGCCACCGGUGAGCCGCCCGAGCAUCUUUUGCUCGCUCGGUUUGUGGCGCAGAAUCUUGCGUUCUUCGACUAUGGCCAGCUUGCCGAACUUGUGCCGACUAUUGGGUGCAUGGAACGCAUUGUGUCUGCAACAGGAACUGUUGUAGCUCACUCGAUUGAGACGGAAAUCUUUCUUUCCAAGCCUGAGGUUCCUGUUGAAGACGGGACGAAUUUACCUGUGGCACAAGGCCCAGGAGACAUGGCCCCGAAACCGCAGGUCAAUCCAGGGACUCUGCGGCUACUGACUACAGCUGCUGCAUCGCUAGCGAUGCUUUGGGAAGCCCGAACAUAUCUUCGUCGUCUCUAUGGAGUUACGGCGCAUGUCCGCGACAAGGAGGCUAAAGCUGGGUCCAAGGAGCUCAACAAGUCGGCUACAAAGGUGCACGGAAUUACUGGUGAUAAAUUCUGGGAUGCAAUCGCACGGAACAUGAACUCGUUGAGCAGUGAAGAGGCCAUGAUUGAGAAGUGUCGCGAGUUUGCCACUUUGCUUGCCAUCGACGACGAAUUCAAGGUGGGAGACAACGAAGAUGCCGAGGGCGAAGAAGUCACCGACAUGGAUGAUCCGGGAGCUGCAUGGGCUUCCGCUGGUAAGCAGAGACCUGCGAAGAGAAAGAACUCGACGUCCGGGCAGAGUCCCGUGAAGCGCCCGCGCGGGCGAAAGAGCGGCUCGGGGAAAAAACGAGCCAGCACCGAACCGGGAGAAGAGCCGGAUUGGCAUUGACAGUCGUAGCCGAGACCGUUGAUCGGAUCGGUUUGAUGGAAGGAGUGUAACUGAGCUGUUCACAUAGUCGGAAGGUUGCAUGCAUAUGAGACCGGUUACUGGCGUUUAUGGAAAGACGACUUGCUUUGAUAUCUGAGCGCUAUUUACGAACCCUUAUACUUAUUCCCAUUCUUCUAUACCAUGAGGCAUGCUCACUGGUUUCUUUCGUUUGUUAUUCAUAUAUUCAUACUCCGGGAAUUGUGGCUCAUGUACUCAUGUACUACGGGUUGGAACUUUUCCUUUUUUUCGGUCAAGUGAUCCUAGC